CUCCCCGCCGCAGGCCGGCCCUGCCGGGGUUGUCCUGGGGCCAUCCCGGGGCUCCCCGGUCCCGCCAUGGCGGAUUUGAUCCUCAACGUGAACUUCGCCCCCUCCGAGCGCCCCAGGAAGAAAGAAACCGGUAAUCGAAAGCACAAGAGCUUCCUGCGGCGGCGGCGGGCGCUGGAGCGGCGGGACGUGAGGGGGGCGAAGCCACCGCCGCCGCCCACCGGGAGCGGCUUCCGAAGGAAACCGGGCCCUGGGGCCGGGAGCCGGGGGGCUGCCGGGGGUGGCCCGGGGAGGCCGAGCUCCGCCCGACCCACGCCGUGCCCUGAAGGCCCCGGUGCCGCCACACAGAACGGCUCCGCCAGCCCCGGGGAACCGGGGGUCCCCUCCAAACCGAACCCUCCAGCCCGCGGCGCCGCGAAGAGAGCCCUCAAACCCCGCAGCAUCCCCCCGCAACCCAGCAAACUGGUGGCCAUAGACUGCGAGAUGGUGGGGACGGGGCCCGGCGGCCGCACCAGCGACCUGGCCCGCUGCAGCAUCGUGGGCUACUGCGGCGACGUCGUGUACGACCGCUACAUCCGCCCCGCCGCCCCCAUCGUGGACUACCGCACCCGCUGGAGCGGCAUUCGGCGGCAGCACAUGGCCAACGCCGUCCCUUUCAGCAAAGCCCAGCGAGAGAUCCUGCGCAUCCUCUCGGGGAAGAUCGUGGUCGGCCAUGCCAUCUACAACGACUUCAAGGCGCUCAAAUACUUCCACCCCAAAGAGCUCACCCGGGACACGUCCAAAAUCCCCUUGCUGAACCGUAAGGGCGGCUUCCCGGAGAAUGCUGCCAUCUCCCUGAAGCGCCUCGCCAAGGAGCUGCUGCACAAGGACAUCCAGGUCGGGAAGAGCGGCCACUCCUCGGUGGAGGAUGCCCGAGCCACCAUGGAGCUCUACAAGGUGGUGGAGGCGGAGUGGGAGCAACACCUGAUGCUGAAUCCCGAGCAGGAGUGACAGCCCCCGCAGCCCGGUCCUGCACCCUGAGAGGUGCCCAGAGCCUGCGGGGAGGAGCCGCCAGUGCCAAGGGGCCACUCCGUCCGUCCGGGCGAGGUAGCAGGGACGGACAGACGGUGGGAGCGAGGAGCCAGGCGCAACCACCCCUCGUCCCCAUGCCCCCACGUGCCUUGUCACGCCGUUUUCGCCCCAGGAUCACGGGGGGGAGCUGGCGCCAGGCUGUGCCUUCCUUGGGGCGGGGGGGGUCUCUGGGGUCCUGCACGACCCCACCCCAGAACCGCUCGGUGCUGCCAGAGGUGCCGGUAACACGGCAGGGCCCGAGCCGGAGCGGGGCUGUGGGUCUGGGUGUGGCAGCGGGGCUCUGCCGGCUGCGCUGGCCCCGGUGCCCCGGCCCGGAGUCAGUGCCCAGGGCGGGCUCCUACCCCUCCCGGUUCUUCCCAUCUUGCAAAACUACCUCUGACAAGGACAGGAACCGCCGAAGGGCUCCGGGCCGCGGCAGGGGCGUGGGACCGGGAAGCAACUCCUGCCAAAAAAGUCCCCGCUCCCGUUUCGGAGCUGCGCCCCUUCGAUGAUUUGGGUGCCAUCUUCCUCGUUGCGUAAGUGCUGCCGCGAGUGCGGGGGCCGGGACAAGCCCAGGCACGGGGGGGGAACCGGUGUCACCCCCUCCACCCCGGUGACGCCACGUCCUUCCACAAAUGCCUCCGAACACCCGACAUUCGGUUGUUCUCUGAACUCUCGAAUGUGCCCCGAGUUCUCAAUCCCCAGCCCGGGGGAAGGGUUGGGGGCGGCUUUGAACUGAAAUGUUUUACGUCCAAAAUCCCAAUUAAAAAGAAAUGAUUAACGA